GAGGAAACAAACUGUCAUAUGUAAAUUGCGUGUCAGUUCACAAGUUCGUUUGUCUCAGCUGGCUGGACAGUGUCGCCGAUGCGAUUUCCAUGGAGAUGCUCCCGGUUUGUCUGGCGCAGGCAUAAAAACGUACGAGCUCGCCAAGAGGGGGCGUAGAGGACGCGCGUACCUGUUGACCUCCGAUCUCAGAGUGAUCUAUAAUCCGUGAAGACGAAUCGCGAGAUCUCGUUGGUACGGUCACGUGACACCGUACUUCCACAGUUAUUUUUUCAGGCAUGAUGGCGCCAAACGCCAGUAUCUACUUUUAUGUAAAUAUAUUAUCGAUUCGGUGCGUUUCGAGAUCGAACGCGGUCGAGCACGGUCGCACGGGUAAUUUUUGAAAGCGAGCCAGGGGACGUAGGAGCGUCGCAGAGUGAGUACGAACUGGCUAUAUGUUACUGGAAUCGCUAAUGAGGACAUGUUGGUUAGGCUGCUGUGACAGAGGCGUACGCACUUAUCGCUCGCGGAACCUGCCGCCGUACCAAAGAUCUAAAGGUAGCGAAGCUCGCUCACCCUGCCGCUCUGCUCCUCUACGAUUUUAUGAAAUCACGUGUGCCAAGUGCGCGCGAAAGUAUAUUCGGCUAAUAGAUCAAUAAUAAGCUAUUUAAUGCUUUUCGGAGUGUGUGUGGAGACUUGUGUGAACUGCGCGCAACCUGUGCUGCCAUCUGUAUUGUCAAUGUUGUUGGGCAGCACAGCAGCAGCACCAGGAGCACCAGGAGCAGCACCACAGCAGCGUAAUGGAUCCCUGAGCAUUUUCUUCGUGCGAGCACACCGUUAUCCAUUCUUUCUCGUCUAUCAUGCGACCUAAUGUCGCCUCCGGUGCACCCCAGCCACGACCAGUGCAGUGAUUCUAAGGGAAAUUCCAUUUCCAGAUAAUAGAUAUAUGGUCAGCUAUGUAGGUGCGCGCAGCUCACCUGCAUGUGCCACGUACCACUAGCUAACGCGGUCUAGUAGAAUGGCACAACGAGGAAAGAGAAUCAAUCGAAGCGACAAUGACUUGGCGUCUUGCCCGGGCACGAUUAAAAGGCGCAAAUGCAGAUUGGGCCCAGCAGCCGCAGGUUUAUCGACAUCGGCGGCGACCCUGGGGCCCUCUGAGGAGGAGGAAACGAUGGCGUCGUCCAGUCAAGGGGGGGCAUCCUGGACCCCCCGGCCUCUUAGCGAUAUCAAGAUAUCCAGUAUAUACAACCGGUCGGCGACAGAGGCCCCUGCUGAACUCUUUCGCAAAGACCUGAUCAGCGCCAUGAAGUUACCCGACAGCGAACCACUAAGUCCGAAUGAGUACUGGGUGAUAACUGAUCAGUGGAAGCAGGAAUGGGAAAGGGGUGUUCAAGUUCCCGUCAACCCGGACUCAUUGCCGGAACCAACGGUCACCGUCACUCAAACCUCACCUUUGAAUAAGUCACACGGCGAAUUCAAAUUGCCCAAAAAGUUUAUAAGAAUAUCACGAGAUGAUUACUUCAGUUCUGAGGAUCAUCACUUGAGCACCACCCCUGGACGUGCUGAGAAGGCAUGUGGUUAUGACCUUGACGACACUGAUAUAGCUUGGCUCGAUGUGCUUAACGGAGAGAGAGCACAGGCGGGUCAGACGCCAGUAUCAGAGUCGCAACUUGAGCGGGUAAUAGAAGAGUUAGAGGUUCGCUGCUGGGAAAGGAUACAGACGAUCGUAAAAAAUGAAGAAGGUCUUGGCAUUGAGUACGAUGAAAAUGUCAUCUGCGACGUCUGUAGAUCUCCUGAUUCGGAAGAGGGUAACGAGAUGGUAUUCUGCGAUUGCUGCAACAUUUGUGUACAUCAAGCGUGCUACGGCAUCACGUCGAUACCCGAUGGCUCAUGGUUGUGCAGGACUUGCUCGCUAAGUCAACGUCCCGAUUGUGUAUUAUGCCCUAAUAAGGGAGGUGCAAUGAAGUGUACGCGCAGCGGUCAGAAAUGGGCCCAUGUUUCCUGUGCUCUCUGGAUUCCUGAAGUCAGUAUCGGCUGUGUGGAACGAAUGGAGCCGAUCACGAAAAUUUCCAGUAUUCCGCAAAGCCGAUGGGCGCUAAUCUGCGUGCUGUGCCGUGAACGCGUGGGUGCCUGUAUUCAAUGCAGUAUAAAAACCUGCAAAACGGCGUAUCACGUUACAUGCGCUUUUAAACAUGGUCUCGAGAUGAAGGCUAUUAUAGAGGAUGAGAUGGCUGACGAUGGUGUGAAACUAAGGUCGUACUGUCAGAAGCAUAGUAGAACAAAUACUAAAGAUAAGGUCGGUGUUGGAGGAGGUGUGGGUGGUAGCGGCGGUAAAGGCGGUUCGGAUUCCGAGGACGGAGAAUCAAGAAGGAGAAAGCGCAAAGACAUGACAUCUGAAGAGAAAAAUCAAGCGCGUGCAGCCAAACUACAAGAAAUCGAAGCCGAGUUCGAUAAACACGUCAGUUUGAAGGAUAUUACCUCCCAACAACUGGAUAUUGAUCCUGAUGGCGUUGUCUAUAUUUAUAAUUACUGGAAGCUGAAGAGAAGAGCUGGUCACAACAAACCUCUGUUAGCGCCACGUUGUGGUGAACUCUCAGGUGCUGGAGCACGUGCACAAGGUCAAGCAGCUGAUCUGGAAAAGAUGCGUACGUUUGUCCAGCUACGUCAGGAUCUGGAACGCGUGAGAAACCUGUGUUACAUGGUGGGAAGAAGGGAGAAACUAUGUCGUACGUUCCUGAGACUGCGUGAGCAAACCUUCCACAAGCAGGCUUCGGUUAUGUCCGGAUCUCCGCUUCCUCCGGCUGCAGCAGCCGCCGUAGCGGAGGCAAAUCAUGGACCCUCGAUAUACGACCGGCUUUAUUCUCAUCCCGAUUCCGAAGAUCACACUCGAGAUUUCGACACGAUAGUGGCGAGGAUCGCGGGCAUGAAGUCCCCUACGCCUGUCUCGAGCGACGAAAAGAAGGUUCAGCCAGACUUCAACGGCGCUUCAAAACAGAAGCUUUACUUCAAUGGCUCCGUAAAGACGAGAAGUCUGUACGGCAGCGAUUUAUCCUCCAUGAGCAGUAGCGAGACCGACACUGCUAAGCCAACUGUCAAAUCGCCAAGUAAGAGCUCCACUAAAUCGAAGAACCACGAUCUAGACACCGAAUCUAGCACCGAGGACGAGUCCGCUUCCCCCAAGUCGAAAACGGGUCGACGUAAAACGAAGAAAGCCAGUGCUCCGGAUCGGCCUCGUGCAACGUUACGCGAGAGCAGUGAAAGUGAUAAAUUGGACACUACCGGCACUAGAUCGCGUACAUUGCAACACAUGGAGCGCGAACUGGGCAGUGCGUCAGGCAGCGACAGUGACGAGUUGUUACCUCUAAACACGACGACGUCGUCCCGUCUUGGACCUUCUGCUGCUGAUACUAUUUACUCGGACACCGAAUCCGAUUCUCAGGAGCACGCUUCCCACUCGGUUGUACUUAUAACAAAGGCCGCUGUCAAGCAAUUCUCGGCGGCGGAUAUCUCCAAGAAUUCACAGAAGAGUUUUGCGAACAAAGACACGCGACAGGAUCAUUUCGUGGAUGAAGCCUCGAAGAACAAGGAGAACGUGAAGUCUUCAAAGAAGAAGGAUUACAUACCGUCUGCUCUCAUAGUGCCUCAGAGACAAGCCGCGAAGAAGGCUUCCGAGAUUAUGCAGCGUUCUCAGAGUAAGAAAGAUAGCGCGGUAGAAUCACCAGAAUUUGUCAAAUCGCCCACGGAGGAGACGAAACCGUCUAAACCCCACAAGGAAAAAUCAUCGACGAAGAAGCAAAAGGACAGUAAGCUGGCGAAGGAUUCCAAAAACAACGAUAUUUACGAUUUCGACAAGGAGUUCGGCGACGGUACGGAGAUCCUUGCCUAUGUACCGCAACGGCAGGCUGCUAAAAAAGCAGCCGAGCACAUUAAGAGCGGUAUGGGAACGAAGGCUGCACAGCCAGAGCCAGAAAUUCCCGAGAUAAAAGCAAAGAAAGAAUCUCCAGAGUGCGUCAGAAAGAAGGAGCCUAAGAAAGAGGAGUCGCCGAAGAAAGAAGAGACCCCGAAGAAGCCGAAGAAGCUUCAGGAAAGCAAACCGCCGUCAACGCUAUCCAGCAACAGCGACUCCAGUAGCAGCAGUAGCUGCAGCAGUUCCUCGGAGAGUAGCAGUGACUCCGAUGAGGGUAAGAGUUCCACCCAGCAAACUUCGAGUACUGCCAAGGAAUUGGCUAUCUCGUCGACUACCUCGUCGGAAAGUGAUUCCGGCAAUCAAGCGAAGAAUAAGACUGUGAAUAGGAGGCAGGUGAACAAGACUGUCGAGAGAAUGGAUGCGGAUAAGUCGACGGGGCGGAAACUCAAGAAGCUGCCCGAUAAGAAGCUUAAAACUUCCGACGGGCGGCAUGGAUCCGAGUUUCAGCCGCCGUCUAUUGAGAGAGAAGAAUCAGGUAGAGCCUCAGUGUCCAAAGAGCAUCAGCAUCAAGCCAGUAAGAAGACAGAUCAGAGAGAUUCAUCCAAAAAGUCACUAUCAUUGCAAUCACCAUCACACCAGCAGCAGCAUCAACAACAACAACAGUUGCGACGUUCCCCAUCACCAGCACAUCAACAACAAUCAUCUAACCAAAGCUGUUCAGUUAGUGGGUCUCGAGAUAAUGAUGGGCCACGAAAUACUUCUGGGCCCAAGUCCGCAAAGAAAUCAAAUCAGUCUGCUAAACAAUCACAGCAGCCAACUACCAAAAGCAAAGAAGACACCGGUAGUGCAGCAAGAGGAAAGCCCGAAGCUCGUAAACGAAAAUCAAGCGAGGCACCCCAAAAGGAAGAGAAGAACAGUAAGGAUGCGGCUUCGCUCAAGAAAGUGGAGAAGAGGGUGAACGAGAAGGUGGCAAAAGAAACUGAGAAAGACAAUAGCAGUAAGGACGAGGUCAAGAUUCUUGAAACGGAACCGGCCAAACCAUUCAAUGCUGAGAGUCCGCCUAAGCUUGACGACAAGAAGUUCAAGAAAAGCAGCAGUAAGAACUCAAUAAACACGCUGGAGGAAGAGAUGAAGCAACGACGUGCUGAGAGAGACAGUCCUAAGAAGUCAUCAAAAGGCUUGGACAAACUUCUUGAGAAACGAGAACACCUUGACAAGUUGUCGAAGGCUAAGAGUAUGGACAUAAAGAUGGAGAACUUCAAUGAGGAACCCGUCCAGAAGGAGUCGCUUCAAGCUAAGGGAAUGGUUUACGAUACAGUGAAGAGCGAAGAUCGUAAGAAUCAUACCAGUGAGGAUAACGUCGUCGUCGUGAGUAAGGCUAUUACAGUGGAUGAAAAGAUCAAGAAGGAUGCUGAGGACACUAUGCCCGAUAGAUCCACGGAAAGGAAGAAGAAGAAUGAUCAGAAGAUGGAAGAACUACCUGUCACUGACGGUUGUGAAACUAGUACGGUUCCUGAUACGAUCCCUAAAGAAACUGUUGAUAAUCUUCUCACAAAACCAGUUCCUGAUAAGCUAACAUUAAAUGAGAUUUCUGAGAAAGAAUGUCACAAACGAAGAAAGUCUAUCAAUCGGUCCAUAUUCUCACCGCAACAUGGUAGCAAGGAUCAAAGUGUCUCUGAGCUGUUUGACUUCGAUCAGGACAUACUAGCAGAUGAUAUGGUUAACGACGAUGGUUUUAGUAUACCACGCGAUGCAGAAGAACGUGCAGCACCCUUGACCUUCUCAUUUAAUAAUGAACUCUGGUUCAAGGAAGAUUCGAAAGAGGAUAGUGCGCGUGAAACUCUUCAUCUAGUAGAAAAACUUCGCAUGGAACUGUCCAAAAAAUCGAAUUCCAGUCAGUUUGAACUUGAAUCCGUGGUAACUGAGGAUGAGAUCAAGAAGGAAGAAGUUCCAGUUGACAAACCGAUGGAGCAGCUUGUAUCGGAAAAGGAAGUUAAGAUAUUAGAGUCAGAAAGUGCACCACCAGCUGAGAUCAAGAGUAACAAUGACAUAGCUCAAAUAUCAGAAGAUCUGAGCUGCAAGAAUCACAAUGUUGAGGAAAAGCAGAAGACCUGUUAUCCAAAUAAUAGCGAGGGUUAUGUACCAUAUAGUAACGAGGAUCUGGAGACUGGUAAAGUUACUGUGGCUGAACGUGAAAAAUUAGAUAGGGCCGAAGCUGAUGAGAGGUGGGUACCACCUAGUAUGGAAAACUUCAAUCCAAAUGAUGUACACCCGAACACCUUGAUGGAGAGUCAGAAUCAUCGAUAUGCUCCUCAUCAAUUUACGAAUGAUAUAAGUGCCGUUAUCUCAGACAGUAAUAACGAGAAUUUGGUCCAUUCUCAACUGAAUAUGAGUAUGCAAGAUCAGUAUCAACUUUUGCAACAGUCACAUCCAAUCAUAAGACCCACUCAGCACAUUGAUCCCCAUUCGGAGUCACGAAUGCAGUCCGUCCCAAUGAUGGAUCAGCAAGUGGGACCUCUGACGAGUCAGAUAGUCGAUGAAAUGACACCCAUGGAGAUGGUAAACAGACAUCUCAUAGGAUUACCAAAUCCUGAAGAAGAGCAAGGAAAUGAAAUGGAUCGUGUUUUGGAAAAAGAAGAAAUUUCUUCCGAUAUGAGACAGGAUUAUACCCAGAGUGGUUCACCUUACAAUGAUUUGAAUAAUUCGCGCCAAGAUACGCGAUGGGCUGAGAGCCAAGUGUUACCGUCGCGAAGAUCGACGUCGUCUUCCAUCACGUCGGCAUCCUCGGCCGAGGAACAUACAGCGAUGCCACCCUACAAAAACAUCGCACCACUUCCGUUUCCCCCUUGUUCCAUGGAUGCAGGUCCUUAUCACUCAUACUCCGAAUCCAGUUCCUAUGCAGGACCUGUCUCUUUAUUUCCGCCACAAUCCUGCGCCGCAUCUUUACCUUAUCCGUCACCAGGAACAGCCAUGUUUCCUCCACAAUUUGGUACACCCUUUCCAACACCACAGUCUCUGUUACCACCUGUUCCUAAGCCGCUGGACGAUUCAUUGAACAUGCAAGCCUCACCGUGCACAGCUGCGUUCACGUCAUCCUCUCAUAAUAUGGCAUUCACGGCAGCCAUGGUCUCGCCUACAAAGAUUCCUACACCUCCGCCGCAGCCACCUCUGGCACAAGAACAAGAGCACACUCAGGAACUCCAGCAGCAAGUGAAUUCCCCGGCAUUGCCUAUGGGAUUCCUAAACAACAUGCCUGAGACGCAGGUGGACUCUGUCGUUGAGAAUCUUCAAGAGAUGCUGACAGAGAGUAAAGCACCACAAUCCGGCAAGAAGUCUCCAUCGAAGCCAACAAGAACAUCGGCUAGGGUCACGUCGCUCCAGGGUAAAUCCCCAGGAAAGUCACCACGUCAGGAGAGUGCCAAAUCCGUUCCAACGUCCCGUGGUAGAGGCAGAAGUUCUAAGAGUUCUCAACAAGCAGGAUAUAGAGGUCGUGGACGAGGACGCGGCCGAGGUCGAGGAAGAAACAGUCAAAACAAUUCAGCCUCUCUCAUAUCCACAAUAGCAAAUACUAUUCACAGCGAUGAUUCGAUUCAGAACAAGCUAGUGGGAACUGUGUAUGAUUUUGACUCUGAUGAGGAUUCUGCUAACGAGACGAACAUCGCGGAUCUACGCACGAUGAGGGAGAGGAAGAAGUCGACUGACGUCAAUGAGAAGCGCGAAGGUUUGUGUAUGAUGAACGAAGGCAUUCAGUCCCAUUUGUCUAGUCCUACCUUGCAUAAGAAGUACACCGACGACAAGAGGCUCUCGUCACCAGUGCAGCACGACGGCUCAAUCGUUGCUGAAACCGAGUCCAAUGCUGAUCAGACAUUUACCGAUACUGUACUACCCUUGCUUCCAGGACCUGUCGACAUGAGAACGUACAAUUCGACCAUCGAAGCGCAGACCUCAUUGCUACACGCUCAGUCCUACCCCAAUCAUUUACUGGGUGCUUUUGCCAGUGGCUCAGCCGACCAAUCGCUGCCAGACAUCGAGGAGGAUCUUGAGAAGGAGUUACACUCUGCCUUGAUAGCAAGUAAGCAACAACCGGAUCCAUGUUCAGAGCCAAGUUCGAACAACCCUACGGUGGAGGCUCCCUCAUCAAAUAUCGAACCCAGCAAGGUCUCCCUUACGGACUCACGUAAUCAGCUCAAGGUCAAGAUCAAAGGUCCUUUCCUCGAUGCAAAUUACGUACCAGCCUCCUCCGUGCCACCGUUGGCACAGCAAGCACCUGUUAUCAUUACACCAGCAGCAACAAGUGCUUCGGUAGCUUCCGGUACGUCGAAUCUUCGUAGAAUGCGCAAGAAGGAAUUACUCCGACAGUAUUGCUCGCAGGAUAUGAAUAUGGAUGAUCCUAGCUGCGGUAAUGUUGCAUCUGCUCCUAUUACUAUACCACCUAUCAAUAGAACCGUUAUCACUAUUCCCAAAGCCGUAGCCUCCAUGACAAGCAUACCGACCAGAGAGGACUACAAGGCCGUGGUGGAUGCAAAUAUGGAGAAGAAACGUAGAAAGGAACGAGGUAGCUUCCUCGACAUACAAGACGAGGAAGGUAUAUCGGACAGAAGACGAGGUGUGAACGUGAGUAACGUUGAUCGUAGAAGAGGUAGACAAACAAGACCCUCAGCCACCAGUGUGACGAACAGUGGACCACCGAAACUUAAGAUCAAGAUAGGUAACAGUAUAAUGGGCCAGGAAACGGGCAACGUGCAAGACGACAGAAGCAGAAUAAGACCGCCGAAGAAACGGUUGAGCAGUAUUCCCAGUAAACCAAGUAUAGAGGAACUAAGGCGUGAGAGUAUGAAGUAUCGUCGUAUGAUAAUGGCUGGAUUUGAUAACGACGAGAAGACCAAGGUCAAGAGUAAAAAGGAUAAGAACGGCAAGAGAAAAAAGAGGCAGAGUAAGAAGGAGGCUCAUGUACAAAUUCUCGAGGAUGGUCCAGCACCUCCUAAACUGAUCAUACGCCUUGGUAAAGGCAAUAAUUCCACAGCGAACGAUAUGCCCAACGAAGUGAUAACCUCGAAAUCUGUUAACUUAGAGGAUAAUCGGGAUAAACAUCAUACUAGUGCCGAACAUGCUAAUGAUAACAAGGAGAGUCGUGUUGGACCUCCUCCACCGGAACCUUCCAAGGAGGACGUGGCGUAUCCUAUGGACAGUAGUAUAAAUGUAAAGCUGCCGACGGAUCCAAACUCUGGUGCCGCUUCCCUGACAAACGUACGCUCCGCGAAAGUCACUCCUAUAAGAUUAAAAUUAACAAGAUGUCAGAAAGGUUAUGAACUGAAAGCACCGGUGGCAAGUAGUAGUGCAAGUGACGACAGUGCGACGGUGAACUCUAUCUCGUUAGCCGCCCCGAAGAAGUUACAAUCACAGGCACAAUUGCAAACGAAAACGUUAGCUUCGUCCGAACAUGAACAACAGCAACAAGACGCCGUUACGAAGACAGAGGAACUUUCGGAAAAGCAAUCUUCCAAAGAGGACGAAAGCCCCCUGCUGCCUCAACCUACUGCUCACAAUUCGCCAGGUUGUCCGCCUGCACCGCUCCCACAAGGAUGCCAAGUUAGGUGAUAAUAAAUGAUAAUUGUAUAAUACAGUAAUUAAUGAUUCUUAAUAGAAGAUACGUAUGCGUAUACGUAUAUGCGUUUACAUACGCGCCCGCCUGACUUUGAGAGUAAUGAACGUGUUAUGUGUGGCUUAUACGUAUACGUAUAUAUAUAUAAUAUUAAAUGUUGAGACAGAGACUCACUAGAAAUGUUUUGUGUAAUAUAUAUUAUUAAUGUAUGUAAAUGAUCUGAGGGUGAAGUGAAAUGUCACAAAGUGCCCAAAAAUUCACCAUAAUUAUUAACAUGUGCAUUUCAGAUGUGAGGUACUGGUGGUUCGUUAAGGUGUCUUUCGUUAACGAAUAAUUACUCUACCAGCGAAUUGGUCAUUUCAGAAAGGGCCAUUGCUAUUCUCCUACGAUCUUCUAAGUGCAAGUUACAGUUGAGAAUUCGCGAUGACAGAUACAUACCGCACAAAAAGAAAGACAGUAUGUUCUCAGGGCUGUAAACGUAGGGACGUGUUUUCUGCGCAGCUCUCGUUACUGCUUACUGACAUCUUCGAAAAGGGACCUGACUAAGAUCGCAUACCUUUCUUUUUCUUUUUCACCGAUUGCCUUUCUUUUGACAUAUGGAAUUUCGAGGAUAAUCACAGAAAGCCCCCCACCCCCCACCCGGCUAUGCCCAAGUCUUAGAAAGAUGCGGACGUUGUGUUUUUGUCGAUUUUCAACGGACGUAAAGUCGAAUAUCUUUGUUUCAAAGGCAGAACGCAUUCGAUUGUAUAAAAUGAGAUUGUAAAAAGGAUUAUCGUUAGCUGACUUAGGAUAAUCAAGAACUGUUGGUGCAAAUACGUUCUAUUUUAGAUUUUAGUCGUUGUGCAGGAAAGGCUUAGCUAGUAACGAAUUGUCUCCGUGUACUAAUUUAUUAGGACGUUCUCUUGGAAAUCGCUUUUAUUCAGGCGGCAGAUAUGUAGAAAAAAAAAUACUGGGAAGGAUAUUAUUAUUUCUCAAUUGACAAUAUUAUUAUUUCUCUAUUAUUCAUAUUAUUUCUCAAAUGACCAAUGCGUACUGUUUCGCGGAUAGUGGAGGUGGUCGGGACAAUUUUCAUAAAAAGGUGUUGAAAAAAAAAAAAAAGAAAAAAGCAAGAGGGAGAGAAACGAAGGAAUCAGAGGGACGACGGUGAGGCUAAAGUAAGAUUACGUGGAGAAAAAAAAAGAUUCAUUGAAUCUGCUCAAGUAACGAUCGAUACCUUAGCAGACGCCAUAACUUUAAAAUUGCCCUGUACAAAUAUCCUUCAUAAAUCACUGCUUAAAUCGUGAUUUUUAAACAUUAGAUAUAAUAAAUUUUAAUAAAAACACUAUAAUUAUAUUUCCGAAGACUAUUAAUUAGCGUAAAGGAUAUAUUAACCGUGAAAUGAAUAAUCGAACAGAAGACAGUUUUCUUUUAUUUUUUAUUCUUUUUGCUCAUAGGGAAAUCUAGGCCGUCGCUUUAUUUAAUGAAAAAAAAAAAAAGGAAAACGAAAAAUGAGUGAAAAUUACGAAUUAAUCGCUAUCCUUCGCUCCUUCUCUUGUUAUUUUAUCUCUCUUCUUUAUUCUUCUUCGUUUUCGUAUUCCGCCCCUAAUGACCACGCAAAUAAUUGCGAUGCGCGUCUCGCGUCUCGCAUGAGAAAAUACGAAUGAACAAUGGCGUCGCGCCUGGUCGAAGAAAAAAAAUUAAGUACACGAGCGCGACGCUUGCGCGCAUUACGAGAUAACAAAAUCCGCCUUACCGAGUCAUUAAAAUUAAGUUUUGAAAAUUUUUUGUAUCACUUUUUUAUGUAUAGUUGCAGCUACCGUGUAAUCUAUAUGAAAGGCAUAUAUUUUAUAUUUAGUUAACCUAGUUAUUAAUUGUCUUCUUUCUCUUUAUUCUCUUUCAUUUUUUUUUUUGCUUUAACUCGUUUCGCCUACUUUCGUAUCUCUGCCGUGUGUAGCAUAUAUUUAUUUAUGACGUCAGCUAUACAGACAAUAUUAUUUAUUUACGAAAAUUGGCGGCCCCGAAAACGUCCACCCUUUGCGAAUCAUCCUCACUCACCCUGACAUCCCAUAUCCCGUGCAGUUACUCUAAGACGUCUGACGAGCUUCGUGGAAUACAUUGAGGAGCUCUAAUCCUUUCUUUUCAAUAUUUUAAUCAGCACUUUCGUGCUGUCGAGUUACGCGUAUUAAGAAAAAAAAUAAAUAAAUAAAUACUCACGGUUCAUCCGAGAUGAGAGACGAUAGUGCCAUUACUAUCAUACCGGUGUUACAAGCUAAGUGGGUGCAAAAGUUUUGGGUGUCGCGACGCCCAGGAUUUUUUCGUCCUUGUUAAGGCGGAUAGAAACGAAAAUGUCAAAGACAAAGGAAACCCAUAGAAGAAUCAUUCGUGCUUGCCGAAUGAACGCGGAUCAUAGACUCUUGCCAAGUGCGUGAGACCAAAAAUCUCGAGUAUACUUUUUAAUGAAUAUUCGACUGUCGUGAGGCUAGACAAAGGACAAGCGAGUUUGCGUGCGCAACAUUAAUCCUGUAAGGUAUUUGUUUUUUUUAACAAUCAGAUUAGUGCAAUAACCUUAUGCCAUCGUCCGUACGUCCCCGGGUAACUUGUGCACGUGCACGUUGAUGCAUUCACCUCGUUUAAAUUUCCUAACCGUUAGUAAUCCUUUCUCGUAUCUAUAUCGAUUCUCAUCGAUCUAUCGAAGGUCGAACCGAUUCAAAAGUCCAGUGCAGUCGAUUGCGAGACGCAGUCGCUUCGUUAUUAUAUCCUUGUGGGAAAUCUUCUACCGAGAACUGUAGUGCCUAGACGAGUCGCGAGAUACAUUGCUGGUAUUGCACGACACAGGGGGAAUCUCAUGUGAAAUCGUGUGUUUACGUUCCGUGAAAACACAGCAGUGGCCAAUGUCAACACAGUUCACAAUGUCCACGCGAAGUACACAAGUCCGUAUUACGAAAAUCAGGAGGAAUAUAUUUGCGCCUAGGUAAUAUCGUUGCCUCGACACAUGGCGAUUAUUGAGGGAGGAAAAUAAAUAAAUACAAAAAUAAGGGAAUAUCGUAGUUUGCGACGUAAGCAAUACACUAGCUAAAGGUAUAUAUCGAUAAAUCGUGUACAGUUAUAACGGAACUAGAGAGAUACUCUGACGGAGCGUAAUUUAUAAAUGUUUUACUGCAACACUGUUUUUUUUCUUCUUUUAUUUUUCAAAAAGGAAUAGACUCGCUUUUUUUAGAUACUUGAUCUACUUUACGUCUCACGACACGGUCUGCGCGUUAACGAGUAGAAGAAGAGGAUAUGGAUAAUAGAACGGAAUGGCGAUACACAGGGAACGACCUGUCGAUAUGUUUGUAUAUAUUUGUAUCCCGCGAAAUCUUCGCUUAUCAUUACUAAUUCGUCAUCGGUAUGAAGAUUUAAAUAAGACGGCUGUGUAAUUGUACGGUCUCACUCUUCCAAACUUUGUUUCUGUUGUAUUGUAGAUGCGCUCUAGCGCGCUUUUUUAUUGAACGAUCCGACAUGGCACCGAAAGAUUUAUCUCAUUUGUUUGACUUGCGUGAAACGAUACUUUCUUUUUUUGUUUGUUCAAAAAUCUCGUUUCAACGGAUAACUCGUUUUUUUUUCGUACGAUUCUGCAAUUUACGAUCUGUUCCAAGAUUUUAAAUAUCGUUCUUUUCUUUAAUCGACUAAUUUAUACUUGUCAGUGGAUUGCUACUUUUUCAAACUCCGACCGAGGACGCUAUACGUAAUCCUUAUUUUAAUCGGCAAAGACUUGUCUACUUUGCCCUUUGGUGGUAAAACUUUCGACGAGCCAUGCAAAAGUCCUAAAUCGAAUGCGAGCGAAAGUUGUUUGGAUUGUCGCACAUCUUUGUGCACCUCUCUACUUUAUUUCUUCUUUUUUUUUUUAUUAAUAGUUAAUUAACGUAUGCAAUCGAGUAUAACACUUUCCAAGACCCACACUUCAUACCCUACACUGUACUGUACAUUGUCAGUGAUAAGAAAGAGUUUUAAGAGCCUAUAUUGUACAGAUUUAAAUAAUAAAUAUUUGGUUAAUUUUUAAUUGUUUCAUACACAUAAUUAACGAUAACGAUAAUAAUAAUAACAAUGAUGAAUUUAAUAUUAUAUACAUAGUUUUAUUAUAAUGCAAAAUGAGUAAUAUGAUAUUUAGUUACUGUAUAUAGUGUACAAGAGAAGCUGGUCUUGUAAGAUAAAGAUAAGGUGUUUUAAUGUGCACAUAGCCGCGUCAUUGUCAAUAAUCAUAUUACUACGAUUAAUAAUAAUUACAGUUUUUUAAA